AUGCAUUCACUGCUGAUGACUAUACUCGCUCAUUUCGAGCUUUUAAUGGCGGUUCAAGGACGUUCAGAAUGUUUUCUGGUUGUCGGACGACUGCGAUGUCCAACCAAUCCGCGGAAAGCUGUCGGUGUCAAAAUCGACCUUCUAGACGAAGAUCCUCUUCCUUUCGAAAGUGAUGAUCUUAUGGGACGAACAUGGUCGAUCUAUAAUGGCUCAUUCAGUGUAUCCGGUUGUGGAGCCGACUUUGGUCCGAUCAACACUCCGGACGCCUAUCUGCGAAUCGAGCACUCGUGUCCACACCGUUCAGACGGUCGAAACGAAGCGAUCGAGCUCGAUGUGUUGCCCAUAUUCAUGCCUAGAGUCGUCAAUCUGGGAUCGAUAUAUCUCGAUCGAUAUGUAAAUGAUCCAGAUUGA